UGUCCAAGUUUUCAUCUGUGAAAUUUUGGAGUGUAUGGGCAGACUGAUUUCGUAAUGAACCCCAUGCCUGGAAGUGAUAUCUGGACAAGAUCUGCCACAGCUGCACACUUGAGCCUUCCCAUUCAAUUGUCUCAACCAGAGAACGGUUUCAUAUUUGGCUUCCUCACUUCUUUGUUGCGUCUCCAGAAAUGGUGUCCUGGGCAUUUCUUUGUGUCUUUCUUCUGACCUUCAUUCAUGGUAUCUCUUCCCAAACGUGCCUUUGUGCCAGUGGCUUUUGUGAGCCUGGCUGGGUGCAGUAUAUGGACGCCUGUUAUAAAAAUGAGAAGGCACCAAAGAACUGGAAUGAUGCUGAGAUGUCUUGUCAGAAGUAUGGCAUACAUGCCCACCUCGCCUCCAUUCACAGUACAGAAGAAAAUGACUUUAUUUUUCACCUGAUGGGAAUGCCACUGGAUUACACCCAAGGAAAGGCUUACUGGAUCGGGGCCCAUGACACUUUCAAGGAGGGAAACUUUGUGUGGACCGAUGGUUCCAGAUUUGAUUUCCAGACAUUUCCUCCUAAUCAGCCUGAUGGACUGUCUGGAGAAAACUACCUGGGAUCCUGGCAGUUGGUAAAUGGACAUGUCACCUGGAAUGACUAUGUUGUCUCAUGGAAAUUCCCAUCCGUUUGCAAGUACUACUUGAGAAAUGGUAUGUGUUGUGCCUCCCACGCUGGAUAAGGAGUCUCUGAGAUGGAAAUAUGGGGCAGAGAUAACUUCACAUUUGCUCUGUAGAUUGGUUUGAAAUCUUUCGACAGUCACAUUGGCUUGAGCUUCUCUGUCAAUCAUUUCUGAAAGCAUGACAAGAUUGUGAAGAGUGAUUUUUCAGAUACUGCUGUUGCAUGUAGACCAAUCCCAUGUACUGGAUCUGGAACAAAAAUGUGUGGAAAUUAAACUCCACUUCUCUGACUGCUAGUGAGCUUUAACUAGUCUAGGUCUAGAUCCAUAAUAAAAGUAAAACUAUGUAUGUAUGUA